AAAUAAUGAUGCUGCUGUUCUAAUCUGAUUGUUUAGAAGCAGUUGAGUUGAGAGCCCCACAUCGGGGUGGUCCUCAGUGAAACCCCCAGUGUGCAGGUGUCAGGCUGCAUUGGUUCAGGAAACCUCAAGCUUUGGCAUCGUAACUGAACGUGAGCCUGCAGGUGUGUGGAGCUCAGUGAGCUGCAUGAGAGACGCUCGGGCUCCUGCAGGUUUCUGUUCUCUGGAGGGUUUUCACCUCGUCUCCCGUCGCUCCCUCUCUCCAGUCGCCCUCCUGCGAUGCCGCGGUCCUUCCUCGUCAGGAGUAAACGGACUCAUGUCCCCGGCUCGUACAGGGACAGACAGCACCCCCGGUCCCACACUGAUGAUCAGGCCCUGCAGCAUGUGGGGGGAGAGGACAGGGGGCGUCCUGCCAGUCCCUCCACCUCAGGGGUCACAUAUUUUGUGGCUGACACUUCACCCAUCGAUGGGAUGGAAGUCCAGUUCCACAGUGGCUCCACACACGAUUCCUCUACUGCAGCAAAAGUCCCCGAAGGGACAAGAGACGCUGCUCGGCCUGUCUCCAUGUGGCCGUCCGAGAGGGAGAGGGAGCUGGAGAAACUGGUCUUCAUGCUCCUCAACCACACGUCCCACGUUGACCUGAAAUCCCCGGUCAGCCAGUGUCCUCUCUGUGAGAAGCCUCUUUCAGAAUUUCACCUUCGCAACAUCUUCUCCUUCCCGUUGACGUCAUCACCCAUGACCUCUGACCUGAGCCGCGUGCCCUUUGGCUUCACUGCACUCGGCAGCUAUGGUCGAGCGAAGGAGCGUAGCUUUGGCUGCAAGGUGUGUGGCAAAGUGUUCAAGCGCUCGUCCACGCUGUCCACGCACCUCCUCAUCCACUCGGACACGCGCCCCUACCCGUGCCAGUACUGUGGGAAGCGCUUCCACCAGAAGUCCGACAUGAAGAAACACACUUUCAUUCACACGGGUGAGAAGCCGCACGUGUGCAAGGUGUGCGGUAAGGGCUUCAGCCAGAGCUCCAACCUCAUCACCCACAGCAGGAAGCACAGCAGCCAGCAGCCGUUCAGCUGCGGCCGCUGCAGCAGCUCCUUCCAGCGCAGGGUGGACCUGCAGCGCCACCAGGAGGCGCAGUGCGGCUAUGAGAACAUGUACAGCCUGAGCUGAGGGGCAGUGGGGCAGUGGUGGGUGGAGAGGAGACUGUAAAUAAUAUCUCUAUCAUUUAUGAACCGUAGAAGCCAA